GAAAGGUCGGAAAUACAAAGAGUGAUGGGAUAAUCAAGAUGGCAGCCCCCAUGAACUCCGAGUAGCACCUGUGUGUACAACACAAAUCGUGGCGGUUUUCUUCCUUCAGAGCCAGAAGUCAGCUGAACCCUUGGACAGUCAAACCGGCUCUCAGGAGCUCAUUAGCUCUUUGUUUCGUAAGAAUGGACAAGCAACCAGUCUUCAACAAUCUAACUGCCUGGUUUGCAAGAAGUGUUUCAGCUCGAAGAAGAACUCUCUGGGUGAAGCAUGGGGGAAAGGUAGUCAGCAUUCCCGAUGCACAGUUUAUUUUCAGUCAAGAUGUGGAGGACUGGGACACAGAAAGUUUGUUCAAGACGGAGGACUAUCUGAUUGGCUGCUUGACCGUGUUCCAUGCUGGAUUCAUAGAUGCCUGUCUUAAGAACAACAGUGCCCACAAGACCACCAUCGGCAAAUACCUCCUCCUGCCUAAAGAUGCCCCAAAAGUUCUACAUGGCAUCCUAAUCCCAGAGGAUAAACCACCAGCAGUAAGUCCAAGAAAAUCACCUGCAAAGUCUGCAACAGGAGAUGGAGCAAGCCCAAGGGAUAGGGCGACACCUGCAAUGACACAGAAUGGAGAGAUGGGAGAUCCCUUGCCUGAGGGAGGGGAUGAUGCAUGCAGCGAAAGAACUGGCAGUGGAGACAGGCAGGCUGUUGCACCCACUGGAACCCAAUCAGCCAAUGGUACACAGCAUGAAACAAUGCACGAACAGAGAAGGAGUGCAGACAGAACUGAAGAAUGCAGAUCUGACAGCAAAGACCACUCUACUAGGAGGCAUUCCCACAAAAUCGAUUCGGCAGAUUUUCCCAAAUUCCAGGAUAUCGACAUUACAAAGAUUCCUCACGUGAAAGAUUUACCGAAGGUGACCGGACCCAUUGUGGACUUUGUGAUCGGGAGAAAUGGCUUUGGUGUGCAGAAGAUGAUGGACACCUAGCUGUGAUGCAACUGAGUUGCUAGAUUGGUUGGAAUUCUAGGAUGCCUGGAAAUAGUUCAAACAAUGUCAUUUUUCCCAGUUGAAUUGACUUAAAUUAGGACGCUGCUUUUUAACAGUGGCAUUUUCAUUUUGAAAUAAAGGUGAAAAAUGGCUGGUUUUUUUGGUUGGAAAUAGUAUAAAUUAUUUAUACAUACAUGUAAUAUUCAUUUGUAAGAACCAUUCCUAAGUAUGUUUGCAUCAUUCAUGCAUAAUAUUGUAUGAAUAUUCAUGUUCUAGUUCAUUGGCUCAUUCUUGUAUAGUGAAUUGUUCAUCUGGUAUCAGUUAUCCAUGGUCCAGUUUGUUUUCAUUUAUCAGGUUUGUUCACCAAUAGUUCCCCUAAUAGAGUGCUCAUAGCACACUAAUGGACAUUUCGCAUAUUGAAUGGAGUAAUUUAUAAUAUUAGAUGUUGUGUAUUGUUUUGGAAUAAUAUAUUUGAAAUUGUAAAUGUUUUUAGUCCAAGUUGUAAAUACAAAAUGUAAUUUUGCCACAAGGCCUUGCGUGGCGGAUUUUAACAUUAAACUCUGUU